AUGGCAUCCUCAUCCUCCAACUCCACGGAUACGAUAAUGGCAUCGAACGCCCACAACGACAAGCUCACCGACAUGGAAGGGACUGCAGGGGGUGCGACUGCUGGGGCGAACUCUAGUACCCCAAAGCAAAAAAGACUGGCAUGCGAGAUAUGCCGAAGGAGGAAACUCAAGUGCGAUGGCACAAAGCCAAGUUGCAGUACUUGCUCGCGUCUCGGCCAUGUGUGCGCCUACGAUGAGAGGAGAAAGAAGAGUGGCCCGAAGAAGGGUCAUCUCAAGGCCUUGGCGGAAAAACUAAAGCAAGUUGAGGCUUUGGUGAAGACGCAGGAAGCGUCGAGACUGGCUGCGGAGGGUACCUCAAUAGCACCCAAUAUCAUCGAUGGUGGUGGACCCAGCCAACCAAGUCAACAUGCUGCUGCCGCCGCCAACUUUAACGUUCCGGACCGUUCGCGUGGGAUGGCAACUGGGGGCGGUAUGGAUCAGUGGCAGUUUCAUGGCGAUUCGGCCAGCGGAGGAUUGGAUGACUUCAACUUGGGCAACAACUUGGGACUGGGCAUGAACAGUAUGGGCGGCGACUUUACCUGGGAAAUGAUAGGCCUGGAACUUGAGGAACCGCUACCGUCCCAGGAGACCAUCGACGAGUUGGCCCCAAAUCAGCGACCACCAGUGUGUUUACGCUAUGCUAUGUGGACACUUGCCUGCGCCGUCACAGAGCGGUUCCUCGGUCUCAAGGAAUUGUUCUACCGAAGGGCCAGGAAGUAUUUGGAGUUGGAUACCAUCAAGGGCUUUGGAGAGCACAUGAUAACUGUGUCACACUGCCAGACUCAUGUGCUGCUGGCAUCCUACGAGUUCAAAUGGAUGUAUUUCCCGCGAGCGUGGAUGAGUACAGGCUCAGCCGUACGAUUAUGCCAGAUGAUGGACCUCCAUCGAGUUGAUGGUGCUGGCUUGCAGGUAAAACAGUGCUUACCGCCCGCCCGAGAUUGGACAGAAAAGGAAGAGCGUCGACGGACCUUUUGGAUGGCCUUCUGUCAGGACCGUUACGCCAGCAUCGGGACGGGUUGGCCGAUGAUCAUUGACGAAAAAGACAUUCUUACUGACCUUCCAGCCUCCGACGAGGCUUACGACUUGAGUCGUCCUGAGGAGACCCAGAGCCUGCAUGACGUGACAGUCAACACAGGUCCUGGUAAGUUAUCGUCUUUUGGCGGUGUCAUCCUCCUGGCGUACCUCUUUGGCAGGAACCUCAUCCACCUCCACCGGCCGGACCAAGACGACCGAGAUCAUGACCUCAAUGGCGAAUUUUGGAAGAGACACAGAAACAUGGACAACAUCCUCCUUAACGUCUCGCUUUGUAUACCAUCUUCCCUUAGACUGCCGCAGGGCCUGGGAAAUCCAAACGUCGUCUUCACGAAUAUGUGCAUUCACACGUCGACUAUCUGUCUGCAUCAGGCAGCUAUAUUCAAGGCAGAGACAAACAACCUGCCUGCCAGCGUCGGUACUGAGUGUAAGAUGAGAUGUAUCACCUCAGCCCACGAGAUUGCAAGCAUCAUGAAGAUGGCCUCUCACCUUGACCUGGAUAGGUUGAAUCCGUUUAUCUCCUUUUGUCUUUAUGUUGCAGCAAGAGUAUUCGUCCAGUUUCUCAAAAGCCGGCCGGACGAUAGCCAGGUAGCCGACUCACUUCGGUUUCUGCUAUCAGCCAUGAACGCAUUGAAGCGAAAGAAUCCUCUCACCGAGUCCUUUGUAGUACAGCUUGAUGUAGACCUUGAAGCUCUGGGUGCCAAGGUUCCCAAGCUCAAAAACGCCUUUUGCAGAAGUAGCGAUGGUGUGAGAAUGUCAAUUUCUCCAACCGUUGAAGACGACGGAAACCCCGCCAACGCUCCCAACCUAGUCGAACCCGUUGAUCUGAACGACCCUCUCGUUCAGCUCCCAGGCUCAAGCAGGAAUACCGCCUCAGAUUGGUCAUCGUCAGCCGAGCAACGAAAUCCCAUUCCUCCAGCCGGCGGCCAACACGGGGAUGGUCCUGCCAGGACAGACGGUUUACCCUUUGCCACGUCUCUUCACGGCAUGGUGCCCAACAACAUAUCGCUACCUCCAAAUUACCAUGCCCACCCUCCUCUCGAUAGGGACACCGGCGGAAGCAGCAACGGCGUCCCGCUGUCCACUCCUUCACCAAACUCUAACCAGCACACGCCCAAUUCCAGCACGUCUUCUUCGGACCAUCAUCAACAUAUGUAUCACCAAAUGCAUCAACAACCACACCACCAUCCUCAUCAUCACCAGCAAGGGCAUGGACAGGGACACGGACACGGACAAGCACAAGGACAAGGACAAGGGCAUGGACUGGCGCCCAACAACAACAGCAGUAGACACAUGAGCGGAUCAGGAGGGUCCUCCUCCAUGUUGUUUGAGAACAACCAUAACAACAGCACCAGUCCCGUGACGCCUGGCUCUUCUUCGCAUCCUACUACAACCACCGCUACCACUGUCCCCAUUACUGUCACUACAACCACCACCACCACCGCCACCAGCACUGCUCUAGACACCAAUCCAGACCCCGCCGCAGCCGUCGGGUUUUCCUCGACCCCACCAUCUUCGGAAUGCCUGGCGUCGGGAUAG